UCAAUUAUAUUCAGUAGAGGAGAGUAAAUUAUUAACGAUGUGGGAGAAAGAAAUAGGAUAAUAUAAGAGCGAAGGAAGAAGCAUAAUUUUAAGGAAUAGUGAAAUCCGAGGGCAGAGAGCGAGGUGGGACACGGUGAGUGCUUAGAGUAGAAAGGUCAAAAUUGAGGUUGUUUGAUUUGUAGGCGGUGAAUGGCGCAAGAAGAGGAACCCACAUCUUCACCUAUGCACCCAUCUUCCUCGUACACCUUCCUUCUCAACAUCAUGAGCAAAAGGAGAACCUGGGCAUGUCUUUUUCUCUUUGUCUAUGGAACCCUUUUGGCUUCUUCAUGGAACUUCCUCCAAUCCACGCUUUCUUGGUACAAUCUUCAAGUUCAGUCCUCCACCUCCGCCUGGCCGGCGCUCUACGCCUCCGUGCUUCUCGGCACCGUCUUUGGGCUCCUCUCCAUGGUGGCGGCUCUGAUGGUUAUGGUUCCCGCUGUGCUGGUGACGUGGAUCACGGUGGUGGUGCUGUUGGCCUUCUUUGGGAAGCCUAGAAGGACCCUGGUGGUGGAGGGAAGGAAGAUCACGGGGGAGAUUUUCGGGGUUGUGGUGAGGAUUUUGUUGAAGGAAGGGAAUUUUGUGGCGGCGGUUUGUGCUGUUUUGGGGUACUUUGCUCUUGUUAGAAGGAAUGGGACUCAAGAGGGGGUUGUUGGUGAAUCGUGAAUGGUUGGUAUUUGGUGAUGAAGUGGUUGGUUUUUUGGAUUGUUACAUGGGGUUUGGAAGGUCCUUGUGAUUUGGUAAAGUGUCUUAAUCUGUUUUUUUUUUUUUUGUGGGUUGAGAGUAGGAAGGUGAAAGGUGAAACAGUGAAAAUGUUACUUACUAGGAUGAGUAGAUGCUUAGCUUCCGAUGAUGUCAGGGUAAAUCCCAGUGUAUGUUCUAGCUAAUUCAUUAAUUUUUACUACCACUUACAAGCUGAUCUGUUUUUGCUGAAUCUAUAGAUAUGUUAUUGUUACAAUGAAGUUGUUAUGCUCAAACUCAAUUUAGCUCAUUUUGUUCA